AUGCCACGUAGUGACAGUGAAAGUGAGAGGAGCCAUCACAGACACUCGUCGAGCGAUUCUUCAGAUUACUCCCCUCGUCAGCGGCGUUCGCGUUGGGACGAAAAACCGACAGUUGCGCCGACAAUAUUGGACCAAGCGCUAAAACCAGAGGCACCAACCGUGCUUCCACCGCCACUCCAAACUUCUCAAAUGGCGCCAGACCUUCCUGAAGUCAAACCUGAUGAGAGAGCGUUUUUUGAGGACGCGUUGGUGCAACGUGACGAGUCGCUUUUGACUGCGGAGGAGAAGAGAAACAUCCACCUGAAGCGACUACUUCUCAGAAUCAAGAACGGAACUCCCGCGAUGAGAAAACAAGCGCUGAGACAGUUAACGGAACGAACAAGAGAAUUUGGAGCGGAGACUUUGUUCAGUCAGAUACUUCCGUUGUUACUCUCCAUCACAUUAGAACAACAAGAACGGCACUUGUUGGUCAAAGUAGUCAAUCGCGUGAUAUUCAAGUUGGACACAUUGGUGAGGCCUUACGCCGCGAAGUUACUUUCUGUCAUAAAUCCGUUGCUAGAAGACCCGGAUUAUGUCACCCGAAUUGAAGGACGCGAAAUCGUGUCGAAUUUGGCUAAAGCGGCGGGUCUUCCCACAAUGGUAGCUGCGAUGAGGCCAGACAUCGACUCACCCGAAGACUCAAAUAGAAACAUGACUGCGCGGGCGUUUGCAAUAGUCGCUGCCGCGUUGGGCAUUCCGGUGUUACUUCCAUUUCUCAAAGCCGUGUGCUGGUCCAAAAAGAGUUGGUAUGCAAGACAUACGGGACUGAAGUGUAUACAACAAAUCGCGAUAUUGAUGGGGUGUUCCGUGCUCCCCCAUUUAACCCCACUCAUUGGCAUCAUCACUCCACGACUCACUGACAGUGAAUCUAUUGUGGCCAAAUUUGCCGCAUUGGCUGUUGCUGCACUAGCGGAAGCUUCAUACCCGUAUGGAGGGGAAGUGUUUGAGACUGUUGUCGAACCGAUAGUCAAAGAGUGCAAACAAAUGCGAGGGAGACACUUUGCGGCGUAUGUGAAAGCCGCGGGACAGAUCAUCGCGGUGGUUGAUGAGGAAGUUGCUGCUCGCUAUGGGUGGGAGAUCCUGCAAGUAGUCAUUCGCGAGUUCCGCACGAGCGACGACGAGAUGAAGAAGACGAUAUUGAAAGUAGUUCGGCAGUGUAUGAGUGUUCCGAUUAUAGGGAAAGAUGUUGGUCGCGAGAAUGUGCCGGACAGAUUUUUCGAACAUUUCUGGCAACGCCAAAAUUCGAUAGACAAGAAGUUGAGUAAAGAAGUUGUCGACACGGCGUUGCUCUUUGGUGAGAAGUUAGGAGGGAAGUACGUCAUCGACAAAAUCGUGUUGAAAGUAGGAGAUGAGAAUGAGCCGUUCCGAAAGAUGACGCUUAAGACGAUCGAAUUGUUAAUUGAAAAAUAUGGUGUGUAUGACAUCGAUGCGGAGUUGGAGAAAGUCAUAUUCGAUAAAUUGUUGUAUUCGUUUGAUGAACAAACUUCGGGGGAUGAGAACAGUGAAGGACUGAAGUGGAUUGGGUCGAUCAUGAAUCACUUUAAAGAGCGCGCUGGCACCUAUCUUGACACAAUUAGUGAGCACAUUCAAUGGAGAGUACACAAUAAAGCAGCCAAAAUCAGGCAAUUUGCUGUUGAGUUGUUAGGCAACAUUGCGCAGUUAUAUACCCUUUGCAAGAAGAGAGAAAAGUUGAUUGGACUUGGGGAGAUGGUUUAUGAAUUGUUAGGAGAGACAAACACUGAUGUGUUAUCCUCUUCAUUAACUACUAUGAAAGAAAUUAUCGAUGUGGUUGGUAUUACAGAUGUCAGACCAAGUCUUGGUGAUUUGGUUCCUCGACUUACCCCAAUACUGCGCAACACAAAUGAAAGAAUAGAGGAAGCGUGUAUAGGAUUGAUUGGAAUCAUCGCUAAAGGAAGUGCAGACACGGGAGCGGAGAUGGUUCACUUAAAAGAAUGGAUGCGGAUAUGCCACGAGUUACUUGACACUUUUAAAGCACACAAAAAAUCGAUUCGACGUGCUACAGUUGAUACGUUUGGGUUCAUUGCAAAGGCUAUUGGACCACAAGAAGUCCUCAUUAUGUUACUCAACAACUUGAAGGUGCUUGAUAGACAGUUGCGUGUGUGUACUACAAUUGCCAUUGCAGUUGUUGCGGACUCGUGCGCACCUUUUACUGUCAUCCCAUCAUUAAUGAACGAGUAUCGAAUGCCAGACACUAAUGUGAAGACUGGUGUCUUGAAGGCGUUUGCCUUCUUGUUUGAGUACAUUGGCGAGAAGUCGAAGGAUUAUAUAUACAGUGUUAUACCACUCAUAUGCGACGCGUUGUCGGAGAGAGACGCUGUUCACCGACAGACUGCUUGUACUAUAGUCAAGUUUAUAGCACUUGGAGUGUAUGGAUUAGGCUGUGAAGAUGGGUUAAUGCACUUACUGAACUACGUCUGGCCUAAUAUCUUUGAAACAUCUCCCCAUGUGAUUAACGCAACUAUCGAAGCGAUUGAAGGACUCAGAGUGUCUUUAGGCGUGCGAGUGUUGAUGAUGUAUGUGCUGCAAGGGCUUUUUCAUCCAGCAAGAAGUGUGAGAGAACCGUACUGGCGUGUGUAUAAUAACAUGUAUGUUGGGAACCAAGACGGUCUUGUUACCGUGUAUCCGGUUAUUGAAGACGAUGGAGACAACAUGUACAGACGUUACGAACUUGAAAUUAUGAUUUGA